CGUUUCAGUUGUCAAACGGUGGUUAUGGAGAUAAACGUAGGCAACUGCUGUACUUGGAGCUCAGGUACAGGAUGCCUCAUAAGAUAGACUUCUCUGUGAUAAGCUGGUCUGGUCAUGAAGGAAACUACAGUGGCAAAAAUCUGAUGGUCCACGGGCCCACUGUCAGUGGCUGGAGAUCCACCAGGUUCUGUCCAUUCCCUCAGGAAAUCAUAUUGCAGUUGGUUGAGAGAUGUCGAAUCAGGAAACUCCAGCUACUGGCCCAUCAGUACCUGAUCCCAUCCAAGAUCGAGUUCCACAUUGGAGACAGACUGCCGGAGUCCAGCUCGCCCCAACAGACCCAUAGUCUUCACAGAUUGGGGUACGUGUCUCUCUCUGACAACGAGAAGACUGGUUUCAGAGCCAGAGAGCUGAAGUCUGUUCAUGUUGAUGCUGUUGGGUCUUACUUGAAGCUCACCUUUCACAGAAACCAUGUUAAUCAAUACAACAGCUACAAUCAGGUUGCAUUGGUGGCCCUAAAUAUUUUGGGUGACCCUGUGGAUGGAAAUGAGAUUUGGACAGCACUAAGCAAAGAUCAGCUGAUUGAUCAGUAUCUAAACAACAGCCAAUACAGCUCAGCUUUGGACGGCACACACACUGGGCUCUCAAGUUAUAAAUGUGACUCUAUCUCGCCGCUCGAUGACUUGGCGUUUGACAUGUAUCAGGACCCUGAGGUGGCCCACAUCAUUCGUUUACUGGACCAGAAAAAACAGGACAUGGUUCGAGAGGAAAGAUUUGAUCUGGCCAAAAAACUCAAACAAGCUAUCGCAGACCUCCAAAAGGUGGGUGAGCGUUUGGGCCGGUAUGAUGUGGAGAAACACAGUGCCAUAGAACGAGAGGACUAUGACACAGCUAAGCAGAAAAAGGAACAAAUGGAAGCUUACAGGCUCACAGUCUACCAGCAGCUGGAGCUCCAUGACCUGCUGGACAUCAGUCAGAUCCAGAGAAUUCCCGAGCUUUCCAACUCUGAGUUUCCCUCUCCACGUGUUGGGACACAGAAACACAUGCCUCAUCUAGCAGACUCACCCAAGAAGAGAAGACAGAGGCAACGUGUGAAGGAGACUGAUGAGCAGGACACUUCAAAAGCAGCUAGCCCCAAACAUACAGUCGCCCAAACACCCCUCUCUCCUCCUCACUUCCCAAAGACCGAUACCAGUUCUCUUCCUUAUGACGAGAGGCCUUUACCUGCUCUUAGGAAGAGGUCGAGUGAGCAGCCAGUCAGUGAGCUCGAUGAGAUGCCCCCUCUGACGGACACAACCACCCCAUCUAGCCUUGGGGCCACAGGACAACCAGAACCGCUCACAGAGAAAGCUCAGAGAGAGGCCAGUCUGCCCAUCGACAUCUAUGGAGACAGUCUGGUGGCCGGGGCCUAUUCCAAGACGUGGUCCUACAGGGAGGAUGCUUUGCUGACAGUCUACAAGAAACUGUUGGAGGUUCCACGUGGAACCCCAAAAGCAGAACUGCGGAGCAUGACAAGAGCAGCUGUGUUCCUCUGCAAGAAAGCUCUCACAGAUAAAGUGUCAUCUGUGUUUCUUGCAUCUCUGAAUCUGCUUCGAAUGAUUCUGAGUGAGUUUAUUCCCAACCAUCAGCUGGGCAAAUCUGAGAUCAGUCAUUGUGUGGAACAGACUUGGAAUAAUCUGCUCUCCAGGACCGGAGAAUCAGCCCUGAGACUGAGAACCCCAGCUAUUACCUUCAUACAGGAAAUGGCUUUAUUUAAGGAGGUGCGAGCUGUGCAGAUGGUUCCUGUGGAGCUCGUGAGGCCCAUGCAGAGCAGUGCAUCCACCAGACUGGCGCUGAGCAGACUGGAACUGCUGGAGAAGCUUCUGGAACAGCUGGGCACCAAGGACUCUGGCUUCACCCUUGACAACGUCAUGCGGUUUCUGGCAGGUGGUCUGGAGCACAGUGCUGCCCCGGUGCGGGAACUCUCUGUGAGAGUUGUCCUGGCUAUGUACGGUCUUCAUGGAAAAGCAGUUCUGAAUUAUCUGCCACCUGAUGACACCAGCACACGUAAAAAUGUCCUCUACAAGAACCUUUUUGACUCACUUGCAAAAUUAGAUGGAAACACCAUCAACACACAGAAGCCAAAAAAAGGGUCAGAAAAAGAAGAUGGAGAGAAAGAAAAAGAGGAAAUCAGGAGCUUGCAAGAGCAGCUUGCAGUGCUGAAGGAGAUCAGUGAGAAAGGGAAGGACAAUACUAGAGUACCUGAGAAAACUGAGAAGGCAACCAAAUCAGCAGGUGUUAAGAAGGUAAACCAGUCUGUACCUGCUGAUGUGAAAGGCAGCGAACCAUCUGUUGCUAACUUCUUAGACAAUCUGUGUAUUUUCUGUGGAGAGAGAGAUGAAUCAUUCACUGAGGAUGGACUCGACCUGCACUACUGGAAACACUGCCCGAUGCUGCAGCGCUGCCUUCAGUGCAGACAGGUGGUGGAGAUUGCAAGCCUGACAGAGCACUUGCUGACUGAGUGUGAGCAGAGGGCAAAUUUUACCCAGUGUCCUCUCUGCUCUGAAGCUCUCACCCGAGAUGAGCUAACUGAACAUGCUCAAAGCGCUUCUUGCAAUCCACCUGCUUCUGGAGAAAAUUGUAAUCACUGUCCUCUCUGCCAUGAAAACUUCACCUCAGGGGAGGAGGUCUGGAAGUCUCACCUCAUGGGAAUUGAGGGUUGUAAACAGAACUCACGGAGGAGAGCGGUACAGCAGAGCACUCUCUCACACACACAAGGAAAAACGGUCAGCACAGCUAUAGCUAAAACAACAACGGUCAUAUCAGAGUCCAAGACUCGAGGGCUGGGCAGGGGCAGUCGUAUCCCCGCUCCUGCUUCUAGGACCAACAGACACACCAGAAUUCCUCCAGGCAAGGCUUCUACCCACAGACUACUACAGGCAUAGCACACGGGCUAAAUGCUAACUCUAGCAGCUUUGCUGGAACAAUCUCAUAUGAGUGAUUCAUAGCGAAAAAACACAAAGUUUUCAAAUAAUGCAUUAUUGCACUUACUGUUGUACUGAUUUAUAAAUAUUACUGCAAGACAGCAUCAUUAUUCUAAGCACACAUUAUCAUUGACACCUGAUAUAAAAUGUACCCAUAAAUGAAUGUAAAAUAUCAUGUCAGUGGCUUGUGAAUAAGAAUACUUGAGCAGAAAAACAGGUUUAUGAGCAGAUACGCAGUCUGUAUUUUGCUCUGUUUAUCCUUUCAGGUGGAUCACCUGGAUUUUUUUGUUAUCUAUUUGAGAAUUUUAUUCUUGUAUGUUGUUUUGUACUUGUUUGUUUAGUGUGUGUCUGUGUGUGUGUGGAGUAUGUGAAUAUUUAGUGAUCGAAGCAUUUUGAUAUUUAAAAGUUUUUAAAGCAUCAUUAGCACCAUAGCCAAAAGUGAAAAGUAGCCUUUGAAAAUUAAACAACCUGUCCAA